GCCAUCGCUCAGAGCCUCACAAUGCUGCGGCAACACAUGCUCCGGUCGCUGAAGAGGCCUGCCCACCGUGCAGCCCUCAAUGGCUGCCGGGCCUUUACUGCCUCGGCCCGCCGGCCAGCAGACAUUGAGCUCACCAUUGAUGGCAAGAAAGUAUCAGUUGAAGCCGGUUCGGCCCUCAUCCAAGCCUGCGAAAAGGCCGGAGUUACCAUUCCGAGAUACUGCUACCACGAGAAGCUGAUGAUUGCCGGAAGCUGUCGUAUGUGCUUGGUCGAGGUUGAGCGCGCUCCCAAACCCGUUGCUUCCUGCGCGUGGCCCGUACAGCCUGGCAUGGUGGUCAAGACGGACUCGCCUCUUGUCCACAAGGCGCGAGAGGGCGUCAUGGAGUUUCUGCUAGCCAACCACCCGCUCGACUGCCCCAUUUGCGACCAGGGAGGCGAGUGCGAUCUGCAGGACCAGUCAAUGAGGUACGGCGCUGACCGAGGCCGCUUCCACGAGCUCGAGGGCAAGCGUGCGGUUGAAGAUAAGAACGUGGGGCCGCUGGUAAAGACGUCGAUGAACCGCUGCAUUCACUGCACGCGCUGCGUUCGUUUCUCCAACGACAUUGCUGGUGCACCCGAAUUCGGUUCCUUUGGCCGUGGCAACUCGCUGGAAAUCGGCACCUACCUCGAGACGGCCCUCGACACCGAACUGUCCGGAAACGUCAUCGAUCUCUGCCCCGUUGGUGCGCUCACCUCCAAGCCCUACGCAUUCAAGGCUCGUCCGUGGGAACUGUACAAGACGGAGACAAUCGAUGUCCUUGACGGCUUAGGCUCAAACAUCCGCGUUGAUUCGCGCGGCCUCCAGGUCAUGAGGGUUCUCCCCCGCCUCAACGACGAUGUCAACGAGGAGUGGAUCAACGACAAGACGCGUUUCGCCUGCGACGCCCUCAGCACCCAGCGUCUCGUGAACCCACUUGUCCGUGUCAACGACCAGUUCCAGCCCGCAAGCUGGGAGCAGGCUCUGGUGGAGAUUGGCAAUGCAUACAAGAAGGUCGCCCCCAAGGGCAACGAGUUCAAGGUUAUUGCUGGCCACCUCGUCGAGACCGAGGCUCUGGUCGCCAUGAAGGAUCUCGCCAACAGGCUUGGAUCGGACAACCUGGCGCUUGACCAGCCCGGUGGCAGCGAGCCCAUUGCCCACGGAAUCGACGUCAGGUCAAACUACGCUUUCAACUCCAAGGUUUACGGUGUUGAGGAGGCUGAUGUCAUUCUUCUCGUUGGCUCCAACCCCCGAUGGGAAGCUGCCGUUUUGAACGCGCGCAUCCGAAAGCAGUGGUUGAGGACCGACUUGGAGAUUGGCUUCGUUGGCGAGGACUUUGAGAGCACUUUUGAGUACGAGAAGCUCGGAAGCAAUGCCCACGAUCUCAAGAGUGCGCUUUCUGGCGCGUUUGGCAAGAAGCUGGCUGGCGCAAAGAGGCCCAUGAUCAUCGUGGGCAGCGGCGUCACUGAGCACGCCGACGCAAAGGCCAUCUACGAGCAGGUUGGCUCUUUCGUUGAGCAGAACAAGGCCAGCUUCCAGAACGAGGAGUGGAACGGUUUCAACGUUCUGCAGCGAACUGCUUCCCGCACUGGUGCCUACGAGGUUGGCUUCACCGUUCCCUCUGCUGAGGUUGCCCAGACAAAGCCCAAGUUCGUGUGGCUUCUUGGGGCCGAUGAGGUCACCGAAGCCGACAUUCCCAAGGAUGCCUUUGUUGUCUACCAGGGCCACCACGGCGACCGGGGCGCACAAUACGCCGAUAUUGUCCUGCCUGGUGCCGCAUACACUGAAAAGUCAGUCACAUAUGUCAACACCGAGGGCCGUGUACAAAUGACACGCGCUGCUGUUGGCCUUCCCGGUGCCUCGAGGGAGGACUGGAAGAUUGUGCGCGCAGCAUCAGAGUACCUCGGUGCGGAGCUACCCUAUGACGACGUUGAAGCACUGCGAGACCGCAUGGAGGAAAUAUCGCCUGCUCUCAGGAGAUAUGACCUGGUCGAGCCUGCGUCGCUACCCAGCCUGAGCCAGGUGCAGCUGGUUGAGCAGAACAAGGGUGCCCAAGCAACCGGUCAGGCGCUCAAGAACCCUAUCGAGAACUUCUUCUUCACAGACGCCAUAUCGAGAAACUCACCGACUAUGGCCCGCUGCUCAGCCGCCAAGGCCCAGAAGAACCCCCAGACAAACUUCAUGGCGCCCGGUGAGCCGUUCCCUCAGGUUGGCUACGGCCCCCAGGUAUCCGCCGCAGCAAACGUCUAGUGGGCAGUCUUUUGUAUUUCUGGGAAUCGUAGAACAAGGAAACUCGAUUGUAAAUAGCAUUUUGAAGGGUCGAGCACGUGAUGUCCAAGACGUUAGGGUGUUUGAUGUGAAUUACC